AUGAAGUCUCUAGUCCACCUUUCAAGCUCCAUCGUCCAUCCGGAUAUCAGCGGCUCAAGCUCAACUAAACUCUGUCUGAAUCCGGACGACGGGGUGCUCUAUGCCGCUGCAAUCGAUCCCAUUGUUGGCGUGGUUUCGGUUUGGUAUAUUGCUCUCUCGAGCGCAAACGAACACGAAUGUCGGUUGUUCGCAACUCUAACGCUACCAUCAACGCCCGAUCAAGGCGGAUCGCCAACUCUCAUUGACAUUAAAGCCUUGCCAGAAUCCUGUCAGCUUUGUCUGAUCACCUCUGACGGCCAGAUCUCAGUUUGCAGUAUUGAGGAUCAGGGUGCGGGUACCGAUGUCUCCUUGGCCCAGUUCGAUAAUAUUGGUACAUUCGAAGAUGGCAUUCGGUCGGUUUCUUGGAGUCCUGACGAUGAGCUCUUGGUCAUCAUCACCUAUUCGGACAAGCUGGUGAUCCUUACCAAGACUUUCGACGUCCUUUGCGAGUCGCAGAUUGAAUAUGGUCGCUUUGGAGAUGACCAGCCGAUUAGUUUGGGCUGGGGAACAAAAGCAACACAGUUCCACGGCUCUCUCGGGAAAUCGGCCGCGCAGGCAUCACAGACGCCCGUUCCUUCAAACAAUAUACAAAGCCACGAGAACUCGUCGGAUGCUUACGAAAUUAGUUGGCGAGGAGAUGGCGCCUUUUUCGCAAUCACUUGUCCUGCAAGAAAAUCGGACAAUAAUUCCACUCUGCGACUGGUAAAGGUUUACUCCCGGGCAGGAGCUCUAUCUUCUUCUUCGGAAGCUAUUCCCAACUCUCAACUAGGCGAUAAAAUCGCUUGGAGACCCGAAGGCUCAAUCAUUGCAUCCAGUGUUCGAGAUUUACAAAAGGAGCGGUUAAAUGUUAUAUUUUUUGAAAGAAAUGGUCUUCAACGGUAUGGGUUUGAUCUGAAUGAGAUAGACUCAAUUGUCAAUAUCUGGGGGCUGGCUUGGAAUUCCGAUUCAUCCAUCCUGGCAGUUGGUAUUGAGAAGCGAGGCCAGAGUAACACUGCCGAAUCCCCCCAACAUACCAAUUAUGCCGUGCAGCUUUGGACGAGGAAUAACUACCAUUGGUACUUGAAACACGAGAUCCAAUUAGAUUUAUCUGUCAAAUCGGCCACCGACUCAUCCCCGUCAAUGAUGUGGCAUCCUGAGUUACCCCUUUGCCUCUAUCUUAGUCUACGAGGAGGUUUUGUCGAGAUGCGAAAAUUUGCAUGGGAGGCAUUGGUCGACCCAAAGCCAAAACCUGACGACACAGGCUCGGUUGCGGUCAUUGAUGGAUACCAGAUUCUUUUGACCCCAUUUAGAUACCAAGUCGUGCCACCUCCUAUGUCGACUUUCCAGCUAUCUACUCAAACAUUCCCGCCUGCAGCCCACCCCAGGAUCCCAACUCACGUGGCGUUCAGUCCCCGCUCACACCUACUCUGUGCUCUCUUUCCAAGUGGAGUGGUUAGCUGUUACCUCUGGCAGCUAUCUUCGACCAGACCUCCCAGAAUAUCACUACCCAGACCAACCGAGGGCAUAAGCUUCAAUCUCAGAUCUUCUUUUCCAACACGCGUUCUAUGUCGGCAAAUCACAAUUAUGGACACAACAGAUGUCCAGCAGAAUGGGCACGACCAGGUGUCCGUCUUGGUCAUCCUUUUCUCAGAGAUUGAUCAGGAAAACAAUGUUCGAGAUGGGGUACACAUCCAGAGAGUUGAGAAUAAAGCAUCUACACAAGAGACACUUGCAAUUUUAGACGAAGAGAAAUCUACCCGCUUUUACGCAUCGGCAGGUCAAGAGUGGUGGAAGAUCUUUACAUGCGGACAAGACGGAUGUGCAUACGUUCAAACAAACAAAGGACUCAUCAAACAAGUUUCUUACGAACAUAAUGGUCCUUCGAGCCAUUUUCAUAUUGCAGACCUUCCAUUCCAACUUGCUGAAUUUUGCCCGUUCCUCCAGUGCAUCCAACCAGCGACAAUAUCUUCUCGUGGCAGCAAGCUCAACUGUGCUCUUGGUCUGACGGCGUCUGGGAAGCUUUACCUCAACCAGGAGGUCGUGGCAAACGACUGCUCAUCUUUCACGACUGAUCUGGACUACCUCAUUUAUACUACGUUUUCACACCAGCUUAAAUUCAUAGAACUAUCUGGGCUCUUUGCCAGCGAUAGAAGCCCAUCUGCGGCUAUCGAGCCAGCUAUGGUGCAGAUGGAACCCGCUCGGUUCAAUCCCAGUAUGGUCCGAGCCGUCGAGAGAGGAUCCAUUAUUGUUUCAAGCGUACCUAGCUCGAUGAAAGUGAUUCUCCAAAUGCCCCGGGGGAACAUAGAAGCGAUUCACCCAAGACCGAUGGUACUACGCUCGAUCUGUUUGGAUUUCUUGAAAAACGGCAGAUGGAAGGAGGCGUUCAUUCAAUGUCGAAUGCAUAAGAUCGAUUUCAACCUAUUAGUCGAUUUCGAUAGGAGCAAGUUCAUCGAGGAUGGAAUCUCUGGGUUGGUUGCUCAAGUCGACAAUAACGAACAUUUUGGCCUUUUCUUGAGUAGUCUCAAACCGACCGAUGUCUCCACUGAACUGUAUCCAAUUACUAAAAAUUGGAAAUCUUCCGACUUGAAGGAUCUACCAAACACGAUUACCGACGACCAAAAAAUUAACACCGUAUGCGACCUCAUGGUCGAGCAGUUGAUGAAAAAGCAAGUUCAGUGGGGCUAUAUCAACAGUAUACUGACAGCGAUGGUUUGCAAAAAACCGCCGGACUACAAAUCUGCCCUUGGUCUCUUGACUCCAUUGAAGUCCGACUUUCCUGAGAAGGUUGAAGAUGCAAUCAAGUAUAUGAUCUUCUUGAGUGAUGUCAAUGAGUUGUACAAAUUUGCGCUAUCAAUGUAUGACUUGUCUCUGGUGAUUCUUAUCGCUCAACACUCUCAAAAGGAUCCCAAGGAGUACUUACCCUUCUUACAAAGCCUUCGAGAUCUCGAUCUCAAUAUGCGCAAGUUUAAAAUCGAUGAGCACUUGGGGAAUUACUCGUCUGGCUUGAAACAUCUAUCAGCAGCGGAAGAUGUACCGUUCGCCGCAGUAGUUCGAUACACUAAAUUACACUCGCUUUACUCUCAGGCACUUGAAAUUUACUCCAAGGAUUUAGAGAAGACUAAGACUCUCAGGAGCAUUCAGGCAGAAUGGCUCAUGGAGAUCAACAAGCCAUUUGAGGCAGGACUGGCAUUCACGCUGGCUGGCGAAGUUGAAAAGGCCGUCGAGGGAUAUAAACAAGCGGAAGCAUGGCAGGAGAUGUUUGCCUUGAUCAUUCAACACCCUGAUGCAUUUGACCUUCUCGAAAACGCGAAGGAUAUGGCCAGCCGUUUGAGCGCUUCCGGUAGAUACACGGAAGCUGCGACGAUCUUCCUCGAGUUUGCAGACAAUGUGGACUACGCUAUAUCUGCCUUGUGUGAUAGUCAAGCCUUUUCACAAGCAAUCCGUACAGCACUCUCAAAAUCCCGGUCAGCCCUAAUCACUGAGGCAAUCUUACCAGCAGCAGAGGAAUUCUCCCAAAGCUUCUUGGAAGAGCUGGAUCAAUUGCAGGAAGAUUUAACCAAGCAGGUCGAGCGCCUAGAUGAGCUCAAACUCGCGCGUGAAACAAACCCGGAUCUAUUCUUCCUCAGCCAGAAGGACGGAGAAGAAGCAAACGAUGCACUCGAAGGUGUUGACGCAAUGACCGAGGCCACCACUAUCUUCCGGACCGACUAUUCACGAUAUACCCAAGGCAUCCAGCCGUCAGGCCAGUCAGCCAUGUCGAGUCGUUCAGGGCGUUCUUCUGUUAAGUCUUCCAAGAUGAAGAAGAAAGAAGCCAAGAAAAAAGCAGCGGGCAAGAAGGGCAGCAUUUAUGAGGAAGAGUAUCUGCUCAACACUCUGGUCAAAGUAUGCAUUCAGAAACUACCGACUGUCCAGAAUACCGUGGGCAGUUUACUACCAGCGUUGGUACAGCUCAUGUCGUUCAGCCCCUCCUCGGCGACCCAACUACUGGAGACGGCACGAAAGAUACAGCGGAAGUUGGAAGUUUUCCAGGCCAAUCUGGCGGGCCAAGUGCAGAGGAUAUGGGACCAACGCGAGCCGAAGGAACCAGACGAGGUCGACCCGAGCCCUGCACCUGCUGCUCCCCUGAGGCCUCCUUUAUCUGCCGUUACUGUGCCUAGACCGGUGGUCCCUGACUCUUUGGCUUGGAAACUUACUAUAAUAUGA